UCGCCUGUUCUCUCACAUGUUUAUUGAAACGUUUUUUGUUAUUAUUUAACAUUUUCUGAAUUAAACAAAGGCCUAUCUUCAUGUAUCUGAAUUAUCUUUCCCGCGCACAAUGGAAAUACUUUCGACAUCUUCUGCAAAUGCGCCAUAUGAGACUGGCAGGGAAGCACACAAAUCUCACGGCGAGACUACCUCUUCAAGGCGUCUCUCUGCCGGCAUUUCUACCAGAAGGCGGACUGCAGCGAAGACACUACAGCUUCGACAACGAAGAACCCUUGGAUACUCCAGUCUCAGUGUAUACUUCGAAUCUGGACCCACUGCACAAGCGACUAGCUCAGGCUCAAACAAGUGACAGUGUUUUGAAGCUGAUGACAAACAAUGACCUGCAGCACACCCACAUUGUUGGAGGGAUCUCCAUUUUGUGGCAGCACUAUCAAAGCUUUGAUCAGCCAGAAAGAAAUGCUCUUACAGAGAGUCUACUACAAAGAGUAUUGCCCCUGCUGGAACCCCACAUAAACCAACUGGACGUGGAUGAACUUAGUAGAACCUACCUGUACCUCCGAAAAAUGCACAUACCCAACUCCGAGGUGGCUGUCGAGGCAGUUUUAAUGCGAGCGCUUCUCUUGGUAAACGACCAGGUGGAUAAGGACCCCAUCCCUCUGACCGCGCUCUCCCGACUGGCAGUGGGUAUCAACCUGGAACGUGAUUUCUUCACUCCCCUCGUUUGUAGAAAUUUUGUCCACUAUCUGGAGAAGCACAUAGCCCAGUGCGGCAGUGAAGACCAGGUCCGAUUGUUGUCCACUUGUCUAUUCCAGCUGCACAUGAUCGUCGAUGAGGAACUGCUCAACAGCUUCAAGAGAAGAGUGGUUGAAUUGAUAGACAGAAAUGUCCUCAGCCAUGAAACUCCAAAGGCUUUGCUAAAGGUGCUCCACAUGCUUAAUAUUCCAGUGUGGUCACAGGAGCACACGCAGCUCAUCAGAAAGAUAAUGCUGGUCCUGCAGCCUUGCAUUCCCCAUUUGGAGCCCGGUGACUUGAAAAGCUUGUGCCGGGCUUUUUUGCACCACCAAGAGCCGGCGGAGCUGGUGGGGCCUCUAAAGGAAUCUUCAGAAAAACUCCUGAACGAGGAGGCCUCUGCAGACGCUCUAUCCUGCGUUGUACCGUUUGCUACCCCGCUGGAGAGGGACAAGUAUACGCAGCGCUUUCGAGAGCUCCUGGACUCUGAGGAUGUCUGGCUCCUUCCCAAUGCUAGUGGACACUUUUUUAGCGUUCUGCGAGCUCUGAAGAUCGCCGACCUUAAGUUCUGCAACACAUACUGGUCGGGUGUUGUGCGGGAGUUGGAUUCGUGCGAGGAGGAGCAGACGCAUCUGCGUUUCCUGAGGCACUGUCAACGGUACAUGAACUUCAACAACAACCUGGGAGGAACGUAUAGGCAUUUCGAGGUAGAGAAGAAGCUGAGUCAGAUGUGCAUGACCGCCAUGGAGGAGGACAUAUCGGGUCGGCUACCCACCAAGUUCGCACGCCUGGCCGCCUUUGUCCUGGCCUAUGGGCACACCCCGUUCUCCUGGAAGAAGUUUCCCAAUGUUUUGCUGAGCAAGCUACUGGCCAUGGCUCCGCAACUGGACAUCAAUGAAUGCUUUCUGCUCAGCAGGGGAAUGCAGAUAGCCUGCGAACUUCGGUUUCGUCAACACCUUCCAUCGCUGGCGGGCAUGCAACUGGCCACCAUGGACAACGUACUCAUCAGCUGUGCUGAGAGGCACCUGGCAACUGCCGAGGAGUGGCCGCUGAGUGCUAGUGACCUUAGCAUGAUUGUGCGAACCCUCAGUCAUCGGAAAUCCCUGAAGAACACAGUGGUCUACAACAAAUCCCUGUCCUUGUACAAAUCUCUGCAUUGCAAGGAUCUCAGUUCGAGGGUAGUUCGAGAUAUGGCUUACAAUUUUAAUGCAUCCCAGUUUCUGGUUCCUGAGCUGCUGGAGUCCAUGUUUGGCUACAUCUCGGAGCAGCAUAAGCACGUUACGGGCGAUACCGUGGAAAAGGUUCUUACUUGUUCCUAUAACUUGGGAUAUACUCCAACCUCCCUGGAGGUAUUGAAUCAUGCAUCUGAAGUGUUGCUAAGGGACUUUGAUCAAAUGAGUGGACUGGCCAUAGUCCAAGCUUGUCUAGCACUUUGCUUCUACAAAUCCAUACCGGAGCAGUUGAUCAACAGGAUAUUCUGCGUGAAAUUCAUACAGCGCAUUGAGGAUGAGAUACAAGUCUGCUACUCCAAGGCCACCUAUCCGGAACGGGUGCUUAAUCUGGUUAUGCAGCUGAACCGCACGGUCUGCUUGGAUCUGCCCGAGGCGAAUGUUCCAUGGUUUCAACAGAACUAUAUAGAAGCCCAAAUGAGCAAAAAGCCCUUACAGUCUAGUACGUUUAGUAAGGAUGUCAAGGACCUGCUUCAGAACUUACUCAAGGAUAAAAACCAUUUCCGUUGCAAUCACACGACUCCCUAUGGCUACCAGAUAGACUUUGUGAUACAUUUCGAUCGGGACAGGAAACCAAUACCAGCGCCUCCUGUGGAGGCUACCAUGUUGGAUCGGAUAACCAAGGUGGCCAUCCUGCUCCUUAGGUUAGACUCCUUUUGUGAGAAUGACCUCACAGCCUUGCGAGGACCCGAGUCCUUAAAGAUGAAGCAUCUGGAAAUGAUGGGCUACAAGGUGCUGCAGAUCAACGAACACGACUGGAACUCCAAAUACAUGGCGGCACCAGGUGCCAAGGCCAACUAUCUAAAGUGCUUGUUACAGAUUUCCAACUAG